AUGCUCACCCUCCUUCCUGCUAUCGCCUUCCCUACUUCUCCUUUACCCUCAUCCAACUGCUCGCCUCCUACUUCAAUGCCGUGCCCCUAUCUUGUAUCCCUUACAUCUCGAAAUACAGCGUCGGGUCUGGAUUCUUCCGUCUCCUGCCAUCGGAAAACAUCCUCCUCCGUAAUCUGGUGA